AUGGCCUUUCCCACCAAAAUUCAUCCCGUUACUUUGAUUACUAACAUUAAAACAAGUAUUCCCAUUCAACUUAAUGAAGAUGGUUCUAAUUUUCAUACUUGGGUCACUUUAUUCAAGCUUCAUUGUUUUGCUCACCUUGUGGAAUCUCAUAUUCUUCCCGAUGACUCUUCUAAAGUGUUAGUUCCUAAAGAUUCCGAUUGGCAACGUCUUGAUGACAUUGUUCGAACAUGGAUUUAUGGCUCUAUUAAUCCCUCUCUUCUUCAAACUAUAGUACGUCCCGAUGAUUGUGCUUUUGAUGCUUGGACUCGUAUUGAGAACAAUUUCCAAAAUAAUAUGACAUCCCGAAUCCUUCAUCUUGAAUCUCAAUUUAAUGACAUUUCUUUAUCCACUUUUUCCGAUGUAAAGUCUUAUUGCAAUGAAAUUGAAAGUAUUGCUACUUCUCUUAAUAAUCUUGGCACUUCCAUCACCGACAAUCGAUUGGCUCUUCAAGUUCUUCAUGGGUUAAACUCGGAAUACAAAACUUUUCGGUCUUUGGUUCAACAUAUGAAUCCUAUUCCCUCCUUUGAUACUCUUCGUUCUAUGUUGGAAUUGGAAGAACGUUCUAAUCAUAAGCAUACUUCUCCCGCUCAAGAUUCGGCUCUUCUUGCUUCAAAUAAAGGUACUUUUUCUGAAAAUUCCGCUUCUUUUAACAACCGUGGUCCUUCCCACCACCGUGGUGGUCACCGCCACUCUCGUCGUGGUGGCCGGCCCCACCGUGGCAGCCACCAUGGAUCCACCAGUGGGUAUGGGCGCUGGCAGCAGCCUCCUACCAGGCCUACUAUGUUUCCUUCCUCUCGGCCCAACAGCAAUCCUCAUGGCCCAAGUCCUUCUCCUUCUCCUUCUUAUUAUGGGAGACCUUCUUGGGCCAGAAAUACUUGGGCCUAG